AUGGCCCACAUUCUAGGACACAUUGGGAACUUCGUGGCCGCGCCCAUCCGCGCGGUCGCGCACGUGGCCGGCGGUGGUGCUCGGCGGGGCCGUGGCGGCGCAGUCGCCCGUCUGGAGGCCUCCAAGUACCCUGAGGGGUCGCCAGCGCGGCAGGCGCUGUAUGAGGACCUCGUCCUGCGCCUCGCGGAAGUCGAGGCCGUCAAGUUCGGCGAGUUCAAGCUCAAGUCCGGCCUGACGUCCCCGGUCUACAUCGACCUCCGCGUGAUCGUCUCCUACCCGAAACUCCUCUCGGAUGUUGCCGAGGUGAUGUGGAUGCGCCUCGAGGAGAACGGCGCGCAGUUCGACGUCAUGUGCGGCGUGCCGUACACCGCGCUCCCGAUCGCCACGGCCAUGACGCUCUUCCACCAAACCCCGAUGCUCAUGCGGCGGAAGGAGGUGAAGGACUACGGCACGAAGAAGGCUAUCGAGGGAGUGUUCCAGCGGGGCCAGAAGUGUCUGAUCGUCGAGGACCUCGUCACGUCCGGCAUGUCGGUCCUGGAGACCGUCGAGCCCCUGACGAACGUCGGGCUCGCGGUGAGCGACGUGGUGGUGCUGAUCGACCGGCAGCAGGGCGGCGAGGGCAACCUCGCGGCCAACAACCUGCGCCUCCACUCGGCGUUCACGCUCUCCUUCAUCCUCGACGUCCUCGUGAAGCACAAGAAGGUCAGCGGCGACACCGCGGAGCGCGUGCGGGCGUUCCUGCGCGACAACCAGACGGGCCCGGGGGCGAAGCCCGCGGCGAGCGCGCCGCCGCCGAAGCCGAAGAAGGCGCCGUUCGCGGAGCGCGCGGCGCUGGCGCAGAACAAGUGCGGGAAGGAGCUGUUCGAGUUGAUGGUGCGCAAGGAGAGCAACCUGUGCGUCGCUGCGGACGUGCCGACGGCGAAGGAGAUGCUGCGGAUCGCGGACGAGGUCGGCCCCUACAUCUGCGUGCUGAAGACGCACUGCGACGCCCUGCCCGACUGGAGCGCCGCGGUGCAGCAGAAGCUCGCGGACCUCGCGCGGAAGCACGACUUCCUCAUCUUCGAGGACCGCAAGUUCGCGGACAUCGGCAACACCGUCGUGUCGCAGUACAGCAGCGGCGUCCACCACAUCGCCGACUGGUCGCACAUGACGAACGCGCACCUGGUGCCCGGGCCGGGCAUCAUCGACGGCUUGAAGAGCGUCGGCCAGCCCAAGGGACGCGGGCUCCUGCUGCUCGCGGAAAUGUCGUCGAAGGGCGCCCUGGCAACAGGGGAGUACACGGAGACUGUGGCGCGGGUGGCGGGGGAGAACCAGGACUUCGUGAUGGGCUUCAUCUGCCAGGAGCCAGCGAAGUGGAAGACGCCGGUAUCGCCUGGGCUGGUGUGCAUGACGCCCGGGGUGAAGAUGGUCGAGGGGGGGGACGACCUUGGUCAGCAGUACAACACCCCCAAGCGCGUGGUGGGGGAGUGCGGGACCGACGUGAUCAUCGUCGGGCGCGGCAUCGUCAAGGCGAAGAGCCCAGCGAGCGAGGCGCAGAAGUACCAGAAAGAGGGAUGGGAGGCGUAUCUAGCGACGCUUGCAUAA